GGAUUUCCGCAGGGUGAGGGCUGCUGUCGCCCGGAAGAAAAGACGCCUGCAGCAGAUGUCUCGUGAUUACCUCGGGAGCUCGGUUUCACCAGUUGACACUGGAAGAAAGAAGGAUCUAGCGAAACAUGGCUACGGAGGGCCCUGCCACGCGUCGAGUCCGAGUGGCAGAACAUCCCAGAUUGAUGAAGCUAAAGGAAAUGUUUAACUCUAAGUUUGGAUCCAUUCCCAAGUUUUAUGUUCGAGCACCAGGAAGAGUCAACAUAAUAGGAGAACAUAUAGAUUAUUGUGGGUAUUCUGUUCUUCCUAUGGCUGUAGAACAAGAUAUGUUAAUAGCGGUGGAACCUGUGGAAACACAAACUCUUCAACUAGCCAACACAAAUCCCUUGUACCCGGACUUCAGUACUAAUGCUAAUAAUAUUCAGAUUGACAAAACCAAGCCUCUGUGGCACAACUAUUUCCUAUGUGGAUUUAAAGGAAUUCAGGAGCACUUUGGUCUUAGCAACCUGACUGGAAUGAAUUGUUUGGUGGAUGGAAACAUCCCACCGAGUUCUGGUCUCUCUAGCUCCAGUGCUUUGGUGUGUUGUGCUGGCUUGGUGACUGUCACGGUGCUGGGAAUGAACCUAUCCAAGGUGGAACUUGCGGAAAUCUGUGCCAAGAGCGAGCGUUAUAUUGGCACUGAAGGAGGAGGGAUGGACCAGUCCAUAUCAUUUCUUGCAGAAGAAGGAACUGCCAAGUUGAUAGAAUUUAGUCCUCUGAGGGCAACUGAUGUGAAACUCCCAAGUGGAGCAGUGUUUGUGAUUGCCAACAGUUGUGUGGAAAUGAAUAAGGCAGCGACUUCACACUUCAAUAUCAGAGUGAUGGAGUGUCGGCUGGCUGCAAAGCUCCUGGCAAAGUACAAAGGCUUGCAAUGGGAUAAAAUACUGCGGCUAGAGGAGGUGCAGGCCAAACUAGGGGUCAGUCUGGAAGAAAUGCUCGGGAUCGUGGAAGAUGCCCUUCACCCUGAACCCUAUAGCCCUGAGGAGGUCUGCAGGUGUUUGGUAAUUAGCCUGCAGGAGCUUCGAACCCAAGUUCUGAGUCCAAACACUCAAGACGCGCUCAUCUUCAAACUCUACCAGCGGGCAAAGCACGUGUACAGCGAGGCUGCUCGGGUGCUCCAGUUUAAGAAGAUAUGUGAAGAAGCACCUGACAACACGGUCCAGCUGCUGGGGGACUUAAUGAACCAGAGCCACGUGAGCUGCCGGGACAUGUAUGAGUGCAGCUGCCCUGAACUGGACCAGCUGGUGGACAUCUGUCGUAGUGCUGCAACUUCUCUCCACUGGAAACUUGGACUUCCACAAAGGCUUCCUGUCCAUAGAUGAUGGUCUAUGAGGUGUUUUCCAGGGAUUCCCAGACUGUAGCCAUGAGGGGCUAGAGUGGUUUACAGGCCACUACAGGACCCACAACUGGAACUGAGGUCUGUAUGCCUAUUACCUGACCCACAGGUAGGUGAGACUCCCUCAGGUCCCUUAGUGAAUUGUGCCGUUUGCACAGUUCCCCACAAAGGCACUCUUGUCUGUGGAUGGAUGCCUAAUUGUUGUCGUUAGGAGGAGAUAGAAAUAUGAAUGAGGAAUGUCUUAUUAAGCUGUCCCUGUGUUAAAAAAGUUUAGGGACCAUGCAUACUUUUUUUUUUUUUAUCCCUAUAUUUAACAAUGCUGAGAAUAAGAAUAAAAAUAACUUAGCUGCUUGCUCCAGGAAAUGCCUUCUCCUGAAAGAAAAGACUCUGAACCAGCAAAAGUAGCUUGCUCAUCAAAACUCACUUCAAGACCCUUGCUUCACUGGGCCCACCAAUCUAAUUAAACACUGCCUGAUCCCAAGUAAUUCCUUGCCUUACCUCUCCGGACUCAAAAAUCAUCCAACUCAGGCCCUAAAACACUAAUAAAUAUCAUUCCCGAAUUUACCCAUUUUAAGACACUACUAAAGCUCUGCUAAAUUGGUAUUCUUCCUUGGCUUUACUUGGCCAACUGGUUAUUCUGGUGGCCUUUUAGGGAAGCUGACACCUGAGAAUGAGACAGUGUAUCCUCUGAAGAACCUGGUUCUACAGUGAUUUGACAAAAUGAGAAUGUUGCCAUUCCAGGAAAAAAAUUGAGCUCUUUACUAGUUUAGCCACUGACAGCAUGGAAAGUCAAAUUCCUCCAACAGAAUCAUAAAUCUCAGGAUUCAAAUAGGCUUGAAAUUUAUCUAGUCCAAUCCAUCUGCUUGGUACAGAUGGAGGAGAAGCUCAAAUUUGAGCUCAAAUUAGAGUAAAUUUUAGAGACUCCUUCAGUACAACAAAGAGUUUUGGGAUUCCUCUCUACUCUCUUAUCUUCCCUUUUCAAUCUCUUCUUUUCCCCAGCCUUAGGACGCCUUGUCCCUGGUUUUCCUCUUUGCAGACAGCUAGAGAAAAGAUCAGGCCUCCAUUGUGUUUUGGUGGAGGGUGUCUGUGUUGCCACAGGGCUUGGUGCUGGGUGUUUCCAACAAAAAUGUAUUUUUACAAUACCUCCCAUUCCAGGAAGCUAAAAUCUGGUUUCUAUUAUCUGAAAGGCCUCAUUAAAAGAUAAAUACUGUCAUAUAUGCACCCGUAUUUUUGAAGCUGAAGGAAAUUGACGGUUAAAUUUUGGGAGUUCAAUCUCAUAAACAAUGGAACAGGCUUUCUAGUAGUGUAGGCCUUCAGAUCUGCUGCACUCUGAGAAUUCUAGAAGAACUGAGGGAAAAAAAGUAUUUUAUCUUGUCUUUACUAGAAAAAUAAUUAGAUGGGAGGGUUCUGAAUUAGAGGUUUUUUUGAACAUUUGUCUUUUAGCUAAUUUAUCCUUUUGAAAAUGUGAUUACCAGAUCCUUAGUAUAUGUCAAUUAGCUUGAGAUGUCAUUGACUUGAAAUGAAAAAUAUAUUUGAUAUAUUGUUUAGAAACAACUCACAGGUUGCUAUUCACAUAUUGGUGAGGGGGAAAAAUCUAUGUGUGCACAUGUGACAAAGAUCAUUGAAAAUAUUUUUAUAAAUAAGAGUGAAAAGUAGUUGCACAUGGCUCCAAAGAGUUUCCCACUGGGCUCUUCCUGUGUGAAGACCAAGUGUUAUACAGAACUGGUGACCUUUCAUGAGUCUGAGGAUUUCUUCCUUUUCGUUUUUUCCCCACUGUUCGCUACUUGCUUCUCCCAUAUCACAGAUAAUUCACAACAGAUGAUUCCUUUGUAUAGCUUUUAUUUUUAUGCUGGUUUAGGUCUUGUUAUUACCCAUCAUUUUCAAUUGUAGGGUGUAAUAAUCCACCCCCGGACAGUUUUUACAUGUUAGUAAGUCUGUAUGUGCGUGUGUGAUGGUGGGAGCAUGUCUUUGUAGUAAUACUAAACACUCUGUAUCACACUGCACUGAGUUCAGAUUUUUUUUCUAAGCUACAACAAAUGUGAAUCUUCUAAAUUCAUGUUAGAAAUAUAGAUGCAGCUGAUAGACAUUCUUUUUUAAUAGGACCCACACAAACUACACCAACAUUUUGUUCCUGAGUUUUCUUUAUCUUUUUUAAAAAAGUAACUUGUGUUUCACAUGUAAAAGAAAUCAUCAGGCUUUUGGGUAUUUUGUUGUUGUUGUUGUUAGUCUACUUUCAACACAUUAAAAACUUGAGGUGAUUUGCAAAAUCACAUCCCUUCUCGAUGUGAGAUGGGAAAAUUAGGAGCUCCAAAUACAUUUUGCACACAAUUCUACACAGUUUAAAGAUAUAUUAUACAUUCAGCUCUGGGUCCUAGAAGUAAACACUUUUUCCUGUUUUACUCAUAACUCUAAUACUAAGUAAUCAAGUUUAAAAAAAAUACUCAAAGGUCAUUAAUAAAAACGUUCAAUUUUCUACCAAUAAAUUUUAUAUUAACAUUAAAAAGUUACUAUUUUCCUUAUGAAGGUACAUUAAAAAUCCUGUCAGAAUCAUGAGCACCCCUGUGAAGUACAAUUACAUUUGUUCUCUGCCUCCUCCUCUCCACCAACAUUUCCAGUCUCCUCAGUAUUUAGAUACAAAAUCUAAAACAUUGACAAUAAAGCAAUCUUCCCUCUUAGGACUUUGGCAAGUCACUCCAAAUCAAAAGAAAUAUUACCUAUAAUGUUUAAAUUUAUUUUUAAAUGUAUCUGUCCCAUGAGACUCUGAUUUAAAAACUGCAUAGUGAUCAAAUAUAAUAUUGCUCUGUAUUGAGCUUAAGAAAGUAUAUCAUUAAAAUCUCUCAUUAAAUAAAUAAAAGGAUUUUGAAACAGAAUGUGCAUGAUCAUGCAAUCUUAAAAGUCUGGAGAAAAACUUCCAAAAUGAUUUAAUGCAGAAGCAACUGCAGAAAUUUCAACUAACUAUUCUGAAAUAUGAGGAACAUUAUCAUGGCAUCCCUUUUUUUUGUCCUCUGUUGACUUUCCUGUCUCUUAUCACACUUGCCCCAAACCAUAGUUGUGAUUAUACUUAAAAGAUGAGAUUACACUUUUAUCUUCUUCUGGAGCUACACAUUCUCUCUGAGUAAACAAUUAAGUAUCAGAGUGUAUUGGCUAUGAAACCAGACUACCAAGGAUAGAAGCCAAGUGUAAUCACUUAGCAAGUUACCUUUCCUGUGCCUCAGUUUACUUAUCUUAAAAUAGAGACAAUAAUAGUAUAUAACUCAGAAGCUGACAUGAGAAUGAAAUGAUUGAAUAAAUGUAAAGUACUCAAAAGAACGCUUGGUACAUAGUAACUGUUCAAUAAAAUUUGAAAAACAUUUUGAUAAUGAUGACUUCAAAGAUGAACUUUGUACCAAUAACUCUCAAAUUUCUAUCCCUAUCCUCCAGUUUUCUUCAUUUCAAUAAUAUCAAUUUUUUUAAAUAAAAUGAAAU